AUGGUGUUGGAGAGCCUGGUCGCCAACCUGCUGAACAGGUUUCUGGGCAUGUAUGUUCGGAACUUCGACCCGAAGCAGCUGAAUGUUGGCAUCUGGUCAGGCGACGUCAAACUGAGAGAUCUCGAACUGCGCCGAGAAGCACUCGAUCAAUUCCACCUCCCUCUCAAUGUGGUCGAAGGACACAUAAGCUCUUUAGUCCUGAAGAUUCCGUGGUCCAAUCUUCGAGGGCAGCCUGUGCGCAUCAAUAUCGAGGAUGUAUUCCUGCUUGCAGCGCCCAAGGAAGACGAAGCAUACAAUGCCGAAGAAGAGGAGAAACGGGCACACGCUGUCAAGAUGGAGAAGCUGGACAGCGCUGAGCUGCUCAAGGAACGCAAUACUGAGGGCAUGUCGCAAGAGGAGCAGCAGAAACAGCAGUCCUUUACUGCUGCCUUGACAACCACAAUCAUCGACAAUGUUCAGAUUCAGGUCAAGAAUGUGCACAUUCGAUACGAAGAUGCUAUAUCCGACCCCGGACACCCAUUCGCUGCCGGUCUCACACUGCAAGAGCUGAGUGCUGUUUCGACCGAUGAGAACUGGAAACCCACGUGGAUUCAAGGAAACAGCGCCACCACCCACAAGCUUGCGACAUUGGGCUCUCUGGCAGUGUACUGGGAUACUGACACACAACUGCUGGGCACAGGAAGUGGCCAACAAGAUGCUAAAGAGCAGGGCCUUGAUCACAAUCAAAUGAUGGAGAAGUUCAAGGAACUCAUUGUCAAGAGUGAUAGUGAAGCGGUCAACGAGCACCAGUAUAUACUCAAGCCCGUAUCUGGUCGUGCUGGGCUAGAGAUGGACAAGACAGGCAAGCAUGAUCGCCCGAAGAUGAAAGCACGCCUGUUGUUUAACGAGCUCGGUUUCGUGUUGGACGACCAGCAAUACCGCGACGCCCUCAUGCUGGUGGAUCUGUUCCACUACUUCAUUCGACACCAGGAGUAUCGAAAGUACCAGCCAGAAAAGUCACCGAAGGAAGAUCCUCGCGCGUGGCUUCAGUUCGCUGGGAAAGCUAUACUGGACAAAAUCCACGACAAGAACAAGCGCUGGUCGUGGGCGUACUUUGCUGAGAGACGGGAUGACCGCAAAGCAUAUAUCAAGCUCUUCAAGAAGAAAAAGCAGGAAGAGAAACUCACGCCGGAUGAAACCAAAGAGCUUGAGACACUCGAGCGGAAACUCUCGUACGAAGACUUGCGCUUCUGGCGGUCUUUGGCCCGAAAUGAAUUGCGCAAAGAAGGUGCUUUCAAUAAACCCAAGCCACAGCAGAAGACAUGGACAUCGUACAUCUGGGGAUCGUCCAAUACGCAGAAGCAGGACGAUGCUGCGGACGAUAGCCAGAUGACAGACCAGCAACGAAAAGAGCUCUACGAAGCGAUUGAUUUCGAUGAGAAGAAGAGCAUCACCGAAGCUGUCGAUGCUCCUCGUGACGCGAUCAAACUCCAAGUCGACAUGAAUCUGAAAGCUGGCAGCUUUACGCUCAAGCGCGAUCCGCAUGGCAAGAAACAGGACAUGUUGAGACUGCUGUUUGAGGACUUCAGCACCGAAUUCGUACAGCGCACAGACUCUAUGUUGGUAGACUUGAGUCUAGGCGGCAUGCGCUUGUUCGAUGGUUCUACAGAAGGCAAUCUCUUCGAGCAAAUGCUGAGCGUGAAAGACUCGCCACCUGUACCCGACGAUCAGAGAAUUCAAGAACUUGGCGAGGAUGGCGAAGCCUUCAGCGAGGCAAAGGAGUCUCAAGACGACGAAGAGGACGAGCAGGAUCCAUUCUUCGCGCUGUCAUUCGAGAAGAACCCGUUGGACAAUCGGGCAGACUCAGCUUUGACCGUCAAGCUGAAAGCGAUGGAAGUGGUGUACAACCCGAACUUUGUGGUACAAGUGACGAAGUUCUUUAAGCCGCCAGAGAAACACAUGGAAUCCAUUGGCGCUCUGAUGGAGACGGCUGGAUCUACUGUCGAGGGCAUCAGACAACAGACCCGCGCCGGCUUGGAGUACGCCCUGCAAGAGCACAAAACCAUUGACGUGCAGAUGGAUCUCCAGGCACCUUUGAUCAUCGUACCAGACACAGUUACCAAGAAGAGCACCAUCUGUCUGAUCUUAGAUGCCGGUCAUGCCAGCGUACGGAGCGAGCUCAUUGAUAAGGACACCAUCGCCAAGAUCCAGAACAAGCAAAAACAGCAGUACACCGAGCGAGACUACAAGAAGCUUGAAUCACUCAUGUACGACAAGUUCCAGCUGAAGCUCGAUUCGACUCAAGUCUUGAUCGGUACUACCGUAGACGAGACGAAGAAGCAACUGGAAGACAAGACUGCCAGUCGCAAUUUCCACCUGAUCGAUAGAAUCAACAUGGACUUCCAGGUCGAUACUUGCAUUGUGCCCAAGGCUGCGGACUUGACCAAAUUCAGGGUACAGGGACAUCUGCCUGUCCUGCAUGCCAAGUUCUCCGAUGAAAAGUACAAGAAGCUGAUGAAGCUGCUGGACUUUGCCAUUCCCAAGUUUGACCAGCCUGAAGCAUCCAAAGGCGGCAAGGAGGGACCAAAGUCAACGGAUAGCGAUGCGCUGAACCCUAGGAGGAAAAGCGAAGCUACACGGCCACGCGGUAAAUCGUUCCAGGGCAGACGCGAGGACGAUCUUGCGAACGAAGUCGAAAAGGGCGCCGAAGAGAAGCAAGCUGAUCUACAAAAGGGUGGUGACAGCUCGAGUAAGAAGAAGCAAGAGGCUAACCCCGAGCAACGCAACUUCGAGUUCAAAUUCACAGUGGACAAGUUACAGGGCUCAUUGUACAAGGCUGAUCCAGAGGGGAAGCACGAAGACCAGCUUCUCGUCGAUCUUGUGGCGGAGACUUUCUAUCUUGAGUUCUACCAACGUGCCUUCGACAUGGUUGCAGAUGUCAAGCUUAGGGCACUUGCGGUUGAGGAUCACGUCGAACAGAGCCCGGCCGAGGAAUUCAAGAACCUGAUCUCCAGCGAGGACUUGGUCAACAAGAAGAAGCAAGACCUCCUCACCAUCCAUUUCCAGAUGGUGCAGCCAAGCCAUCCGGAGUUCCACAGCAAAUACGAGGGUAUCAAGACCAACCUCGAUGCCGUGGUCUCCACCAUCAACUUGAUGGUCACGAGAAAGACGCUUCUCACGUUGCUAGACUUCGUCAUGGUCACCUUCGCUGAUGGUGGUAGUGGCUCUCAGCAAGAUACCAAGACCAAGCAGAUAGAGGAGAAAGAAGCCGAAGAGCCCCAGAAGAAACAGGACGGUGACAAGAUUCGCAUCAACGCCAAGCUGAACCGAAUAACAGUCAUUCUAAACAACGACGGAAUUCGCCUUGCCACUCUCAGCUUGACUUCUGCAGAUGCCAAGGUGGAGCUGAUGGGCAAGAAGAUGCGCAUUGGUGCCAGACUAGGGGCAUUGGACCUGGUAGACGACAUCAACCAGGGCGUCUCAGAAGACUCGGCACUGCGACAGUUGGUCUCCAUACAAGGCGAUGAUCUCGCCGACUUCAGAUAUGAGACCUUCGACUCUACUGCUGCGGACUACCCAGGCCACGACAACUCGAUCUUCCUCAGGUCUGGUUCCAUCAAGAUCAACUUCCUCACCGAGCCAUUCAGGAAGAUCAUGGAAUUUGGUGUCAAAUUUGGCAAAAUGCAAGCAGUGUUCAAUGCUGCACGUCAAGCCGCUGCAAACCAGGCUACCAAGGUCCAAGAAUCUGCUGGCAAGACGCACUUCGAUAUCCUCAUCAAUACGCCCAUUGUAUCGUUCCCGCGCAUGGUCAUUACGGAUAACCCUGAGCGAGACAUGAUGACAGCGUAUCUGGGCGAGAUCUACGCGAACAACAAGUUCGUGCCUAUCGACGGUUCCGACGACAACGAGACGGCGAACAAGCUAUCCGCUGGCAUUCACAACAUCAGGCUGACGUCAACCUUCCACUACCCCGAAUCGAAGUUUGAAGAGCUUGAGAUGAUCGACAAAGUGAACUUGGACUUCAAUAUCACUCAGACAGAGCACAAGCCUGGGCGCGAUCGUCCAGACACGGAGAUUGAAGGUUCGAUGUCCAACAUCAAUCUCCGACUAACAGAAGCCCAGCUCAAGUUUGUUCUAGAGCUUUCAAGGGCAAUUCCCCAGGCGUUUGCCUUGGAAGAUGCUGGGGAUUUGGAAGAAGAGGCCCAGGAAGAAAUCCCUGACCAUCUCGCUGAGCCAGCCAAGGCCAUACAAAACAACGGCACUGACAAGAAAGCAACGAACGGCGAAGUCGCAAAGCCCUCACACCAAUCGCCCGAGCUGGGUUCCGACAAAGACACUUGGACGAAGCUCGACUUCAUCUUCAAGGUCGGCGCGGUCGGUCUGGAGCUGGUGCAAGGCAAGCCAGAGGCGCCCGUCGGUGAUCUGGAAGCUGCAAGUCUCUCCAAGUUCUCACUCAAUGAGACGAGUGUCAAAGUGCGAAUGAUUAGUGACGGCGCACUUGAAAGCGAGCUUCUCAUCCAAUCUUUCACAAUCACCGACACGAGAACCAAUCAGAAGAACAAGUUUCGAAAGAUCAUGUCUCUGAUCAACGAUGAUGUCAAGCAGCAGUUCAUGGCAAGCGUGUCUAUCUCCGGCGGAGAAGAAAAGAAUCUCAUCGCACUGCUCACUGUGGAUAGCCCGAGGGUCAUUCUCGCCUUGGACUAUCUCUUCGACGUCCUGAACUUCGUUCAGAAUGGCCUCAAACAAGAUGAACCUCUCCAGGUCGAAGAGUCAGAAGAAAGCAAUGAGGGCGAGGACGACGAUGCCAGUGUCUCAACACAGGAGAUCGUUAGGCGCAGGGAGACCGAGCACGAACAGAGCAAGGACGGUCAGCCGAGGGCUGGCAUGGGUAUUUCGUUCCGUGUCAACAUCGUUGAUGCGCAAGUCAUGCUCAUUGCCAACCCAUCUAUAAACAAUUCCGAGGCCAUCGUUCUUGGCGUGAAGCAAGUCUUGGUGUCUCAACAGCAUGCCAUGACAUUGCAGGUCGAGAAGGUCGGUAUGUUCCUCUGCCGGAUGGAUCAAUUCGAAACGAAUCGGUUACGAAUCCUUGACGACUUUAGCAUUCAGAGCUCUGUCGACAUGCGUUCGCAAGGUGAAGACUCGUCGUUGACGAGCAUACACGUUGAUAUUGAGCCGAUCGUGAUGCGCCUGUCUCUGCGAGAUAUCAUGCUUGCGAUGCAGAUCUUCCAGCGAGCCUCUUCGUUAUCAGCAGGCGAAGACAAGAAGAUGUCCGACGAGGCCCCCAAGAAGAUCGAUCAGGUCAAAGCUCAGUCCACGAAGUCAGUCAAGAAGGGUGCCAAGUCUGGUGCGAAAUCGACGCAGAAGGUGACGGCUAAGAGUAUCAGCACCAAAAAGUCGACUCCCACCAAGCCUGGUGAGGACAAGCCAGCUGGUUCGGCUGUUCUCAAGCGUGAAGAGAUGCGCAUCACGAUGGACGGAAUCCGUGUGGUGCUCAUUGGCGACUUGCACGAAUUGCCAAUGCUUGACUGGAGCGUCAAAAAGUUCAACGUUGACGUGCGCGACUGGACCGGUAAUAUGACUGCCGACACCAGCAUCGACACGUUCUUCAACGUCUACAACUUCUCUAAGUCUGCUUGGGAGCCGCUCAUAGAGCCAUGGCAGAUGGGUUUCCACGUGGCCAAGGAGACCAGCCCUGACAAGCUAGCUGUCGAACUCUACUCGAGGAAGUCUUUGGAGCUGACCGUGACGAGCGCGACAAUUGCACUGGCUUCCAAGAGCGCCCAAUUCCUCUCAUCGGACGAAGAUGUUUUGUCCAAACCGAGAGGCAACGAUGCGCCGUACCGCAUUCGAAACUGGACCGGCUUCGAUGUGGAUGUCUGGGCUAGCUCAGACGACAACGAAGAAGGCCAAGCCGCGAAGCUAGCUGAUGGCGAGGAGCAACCAUGGCGUUUUGAGGACCCCACUACCACUCGUGAGACCUUGACUCCGGAGGGACAGACUGGAGUCAUCGGUGUGCGAUUGGAAGGCAGCGGCUUCGAUAGCGUGGACCGCAUCCAGGUCAAUCGCGAGGGUGAGAACCUUUACAACCUGAAGCCGAGAAAGGACAAGGUCCAGCAUCGCAUGCUCGUCGACGUGACUCUGGGUACUGACAACGUCAAAUACAUCACACUGCGCUCGCCGAUGUUGGUGGAGAACCAUACCCAAAUACCAAUUGAACUGGGAGUCUACAGUCCUGAUGAAGGCCACCUGUUGAAGAUCGAGAAGAUCGCCCCUGGUGAAAGCAGACCCAGUCCUGUGGGAGCAGCAUUCAUGCACUCGCUCGUCGUGAGACCAGACCAAGGCUUCGGAUACACCUGGAGCAACGAGCGUCUGUUCUGGAAAGAUCUCCUCAAGCGUCCUACCCGGACUCUGACCUGCCAGGGCGAGAACGACGACAGCUCACCACCGUUCUACUUCCAAAUGCAGUCUGUCUUCGACAAGAACAAUCCGCUUACCACGGUGUAUCCAUACAUGCGGAUCCGACUAUCUGCUCCAAUCGAAGUACAGAACCUUUUGCCAUUCGACUUCAAGUACCGCAUCUACGACAAAAACACCAAGAAGGAUUGGACCAACUUCCUGCGAAAAGGCGGUGUCAGCCCAGUCCACGUCGUGGAACUAUCUCAUCUUCUCUUGAUGAGUAUUGACAUGCAGGACACGCCGUUUAAGGCCAGCGACUUCUCCAUUAUCAAUACCAACAAUGAGAACGACUUCAAGCGGGAGAAGACUCUGCUUGUCAAGGACAACAACAACCUCGAGCUUCGUCUCAAGAUCCACUACUUCAAUGUACCAGACAGCGGUGGAGCUUUCAAGAUUACAGUGUACAGCCCAUAUGUCAUUCUCAACCGCACUGGUAUGGAACUCGACAUAAGAAGCAAGGCCUACUUUGGAUCUACGAAAUCCGCAGCUGGCCAGGGCACCUUUGCGGAUACGGAAGAGGAUGCUCGUAGGGCGACACCCUUCAUGUUCUCGUACCCUACAGAUGACCGGAAGAACCGUGCUCUGAUCAAGGUCGGCGAUUCGCAGUGGAGCCAGCCAGUCUCAUUCGAUGCGAUUGGAGCGAACGUCGAUGUUAGACUGGCCUCCGCUUCAGGACGAGAGGAGAUGCAUUGCGGCCUGAAUGUCACCGAAGGUGAGGGCAAGUACAAACUCACCAAGGUCGUCAGUGUCACGCCGCGCUUCAUCGUCAAGAACAGGCUCUCGGAAGAGAUUCAGAUUCGGGAGCCAGGAUCUUCAGAUUCGGCGACGCUGAAGGCAGGAGAAUUGCAUCCCCUGCGGUUCUUGAAGCAGACUACUGGACAGCAGCUGUGCCUCUGCUUCCCCGGUGUCAACAACUCUUGGUCGUCGCCGUUCGACAUCGCGAAUAUGGGAAGCGUUCAUGUCAAAUUGGCAAAGGCUGGUGAGCGUCAGAAGCUCAUUCGUGUCGAGAUUCUGAUGGAAAAUGCCAUGAUCUUCUUGCAUCUCAGUCUCGAGACGAAACACUGGCCGUUCUCGAUGCGAAACGAGAGUGACCAGGAGUUCCUGUUCUAUCAAGCCAACCCGAACGUGGACGAGGACGAGGAAGACCGCACGUCAGGUUGGAAGCCGAUCCGUUACCGCCUGCCACCUCGAAGCAUCAUGCCAUACGCGUGGGACUAUCCGGCCACAAAGAACAAGAACCUUGUCCUCGCUGCUAACGGCAAAGAGCGACACGUCAAGCUUCAGGAGAUUGGCAACUUGAUUCCGAUGCGGGUGCCUGCGGCGCAAGGAGCACAAGGUCAGGCUAGGCAAAAGAUCAUCGAUCUCAAUGUCGUCGCAGAUGGACCUACGCAGACCUUGGUCAUGAGCAACUACAAACCGCAGACGAGCUUGUACAAGCAGAAGUCAGCGUCGGCGAGCGCCUCGACCACCGCCGGGUUCGAAGUCAAGGAGCAAGACACCGAUGUCACCAUGCGAGCCACUAUUCGCUUUGCUGGUAUUGGCCUGUCGCUGAUCAACUCUCAGCUCAGAGAAUUGGUCUAUGCCACCUGGAGAGACAUCGAGCUCAAGUACACCGACUCUCAGCUGUACCAGAAUGUCGCCCUGACCAUCAAGUGGAUUCAAAUUGACAACCAGUUGUACGGUGGCAUCUUCCCGCUGCUGUUCUAUCCCAGCGUGGUGCCAAAGACUGGCAAGGAGAUGGAAGCUCAUCCGAUCUUCCGAACUGCCAUCACUCGAGUCAAGGAUGAUUCGUACGGUGUGCUGUACGUCAAGUAUUUCACCUUCUUGAUGCAGCAAAUGACGAUCGAGAUCGAUGAAGACUUCAUCUUCGCCGUCCUGGACUUUACCAAGGUCCCGGGUGCCAGCUGGACGGAGGAGAAAGAAGGCCAGCUUGCCCCUGAGAGCCUGGACGUUCCCGAACCGACGCAGUCAGAGGGUGGCCAGGAUAUUUACUUCGAGCUUCUGCACCUCCAACCUAUGCAAUUCGAUCUGUCGUUCGUGCGGACGGAGAGAAUCAAUGCUGAAGAUACUGGCAGCUCGUCGACGAAUCCGUUCAUGUUCGCCGUCAACGUCUUGACCAUGUCGAUCGGCAACGUCAAUGAUGCCCCGAUCCGAUACAACGCCCUCAUGCUUGAAAACGCACGUCUCAGUAUGAACGCUCUCAUCAGCAGCAUCAAGAGCCACUACGUACAGGAGUCGCUCCGACAAGUCCACAUAGUGAUUGGAUCCGCUGACUUCCUUGGCAACCCCGUCGGCCUCUUCAACAACAUCUCCUCUGGUGUUGCGGACAUCUUUUACGAGCCAUACCAGGGUCUUGUCACUGACCGGCCACAAGACCUUGGUGUGGGCAUCGCGAAGGGAGCGAGUAGCUUCGUCAAGAAGUCUGUCUUUGGUCUCUCGGACAGUGUUUCGAAGUUCACGGGCAGUAUCAGCAAAGGUCUAGCUGCGGCUAGUAUGGACAAGGAGUUCCAGGAUCAGAGACGCAUGUCGAGGUCCAGAAACCGGCCGAAGCAUGCUCUGUACGGUAUUACUUCUGGUGGCAACGCGUUUGCCACGAGUUUGGCAAGCGGCAUUGGUGGGCUUGCGAGACAGCCCAUGCAGGGCGCCGAGAAAGAGGGUGCUGCUGGAUUCGUCAAGGGCGUUGGUAAAGGUCUUCUUGGACUUGCGACCAAGCCCGCCAUCGGUGCUUUCGACCUCGCCUCCAGUAUGGCUGAGGGUGUGCGCAACACCACGACUGUCUUCGAUCAAGAAGGUCUCGACCGUGUGCGCUUGACCCGCUUCAUCGGCAUCGACGGCAUCGUCCGCCCCUACAGCCAACGCGAGGCCCUCGGGCAAUUCUGGCUCAAGACGCUCGACAACGGCAAAUACUUCAACGAGCACUACAUCGCCCACCUCGAACUGAACUCGGGCUCCCAGGGCGACAUGCAAGGCCAGUCCGGUAGCCUCAGCCGCACCAACACAGGAGCCCGCUCGCCCACCUCGCCCACCCAACAAUCCGAAGCCACGAUGCUCGUCAUGAUCACCUACAAUUCCAUCAUGCUCGUCCGCGCUAAGAAGCUGACGAGCGAGUGGGAGGUGCCGCUCAAGGACAUCCAGACGAUCUCGAAGGAGCGGACGGGGAUGAGUAUUAUUUUGAAGGGGGGCACGAAUGGGCCGUUUGUGCCGAUUGCGGAUGAGAUGAGUCGGAAUUGGUUGUAUCGGCAGGUUGCGAUUGCUGUCAAUGCUUAUAAUGACAAGUGGAAUGCGAAGGGGUGA